AUGCGCUCCUGGCCGUGACCCCCGCUGGGGGCGGGGACCGGGGUCCAUGCGCGGAGCCCCGACCCGGCCCGGCGCCUGCCGCUGACGGCGGCGGGGGUGGGGGGGCGCGCGCCCGGCCUCCUGCCCACCCCCUGGCGUCGACACUGCGGGCCGUCUGGGGCUGCGGCCCCGGGCUGCGCCCUCCCCCGCGGCCAGGCUCUGGAGGGACCCGGGAGCUGCCGCCGGCCUCAGCCCAUGGCCCGGAGGUACGAUGAGCUGCCGCACUACCCAGGCAUCGCGGAUGGCCCCGCAGCCCUGGCUGGCUUCCCAGAGGCAGUGCCCGCGGCACCAGGGCCCUACGGCCCACAGCGGCCUCCCCAGCUGCUGCCCCCAGGCUUGGACAGUGACGGCCUGAAGAGGGAGAAGGAUGAGAUCUAUGGACACCCGCUCUUCCCCCUCUUGGCCCUGGUCUUUGAGAAAUGUGAACUGGCUACAUGCUCUCCCCGUGACGGGGCUGGAGCUGGGCUGGGGACACCCCCCGGCGGCGACGUCUGCUCCUCUGAUUCCUUCAAUGAGGACAUCGCUGCCUUCGCCAAGCAGGUUCGCUCUGAGAGGCCCCUCUUCUCCUCCAACCCAGAACUGGACAAUCUGAUGAUCCAGGCCAUCCAAGUGCUGCGGUUCCACCUGCUGGAGCUGGAGAAGGGAAAGAUGCCCAUCGACCUGGUCAUCGAGGAUCGGGACGGCGGUUGCAGGGAGGACUUCGAGGACUACCCAGCCUCCUGCCCCAGCCUCCCAGACCAGAAUAAUAUAUGGAUUCGAGACCAUGAGGAUAGUGGGUCUGUGCAUUUGGGGACCCCAGGUCCAUCCAGCGGGGGCCUGGCCUCCCAGAGUGGUGACAACUCCAGUGACCAAGGAGAUGGGCUGGACACCAGCGUGGCCUCUCCCAGUUCUGGUGGGGAAGAUGAGGACUUGGACCAGGAGCGACGGCGAAAUAAGAAGAGGGGGAUCUUCCCCAAAGUGGCCACCAACAUCAUGCGAGCCUGGUUGUUCCAGCACCUCUCGCACCCGUACCCCUCGGAAGAGCAGAAGAAGCAGCUGGCGCAGGACACGGGGCUCACCAUCCUGCAAGUCAACAACUGGUUCAUUAACGCCCGGAGACGCAUCGUGCAACCGAUGAUCGAUCAAUCCAACCGCACAGGGCAGGGUGCAGCCUUCAGCCCAGAGGGCCAGCCCAUCGGGGGCUACACCGAGACGCAGCCACACGUGGCCGUCCGGCCUCCGGGAUCAGUGGGGAUGAGUUUGAACUUGGAAGGAGAAUGGCAUUAUCUAUAGAGGCUGGAUGCAGGAGAGGUAGACCCAGCCUCCGGCUGUGACCCCCGGCCUCACACCUGGUUCUGGUUCCCGCCUGGUCCUCCAGCUUCAGGACCCCACCUCCAAAGGCCCCUCCGCUCAACGCCUACCUCCCUAGGGCCCUGCUGGGACAUGAGUGCCCACCCAAGAGGCUCUCAAGGACACCGGCAAGGCCUCCAGGCCCCAAGCCCCACUUCUGCCUUCACCUCUGCCUGGGACCUGAGCUGGGCUCCUGGGCCUUGCCAGAAGAUGGCGGCUAGGGCCUCGCCGCCAGGACAGAGAAGGGACGGAGUGGCUGGGCAGUCAGGGAAGGAGGAUCGCCCGGAUCCGACAUUUUGGAGAGAUUCCUUCACCCUCCUGUCCCUCCACCUCCCUUCUCUAAUUUCUUGGUUUUUUUUAAUGAUAAAGUCUUAAAAACACAGA